AUGGGCGGAGUCGACCGUUUUGACGAAAAUGUUGACUCUAUGAGAGUAGCUCUUCAGGGUAAAAAAUGGUGGUUCCCUCUCUUUGCAUUUGGAUUAGAUGCAGCUUGCCAAAAUGCAUGGCUGAUCAAAAGGCAGUCUGAUAAUAACUGGUCCUACUGUGAUUUCCGGCGAAAUGUGGUGACAACUUACCUAGCAAUGUACGGAAAACCUACGACCCGAAAUUCUGCUUGUGGCGCCCUUCUGCAACUGAGAGUGCCUAAUGAAGUGAGAAACGCAGGAACUGCAGAUGAUCAUGCACAAGUCGUCUGUUCACAGCGAAGAUGCGGGUAUUGUCAUCAACGCACUAGAAAAAAUGUGCAGUAA